GCCUCAGUACUGACCUCUGCGGAGCCUUGCGGAGCCCUGCGCAUCCCUGCCGAGUCCAGCGAAGCCCAGCGAAGCUAGCACGGCGCGAUGGACGGUCGGGUGCAACUGAUAAAGGCCCUCCUGGCCUUGCCCAUCCGGCCCGCGGCGCGUCGGUGGAGGAACCCGAUUCCCUUUCCCGAGACGUUUGACGGCGAUACCGACCGGCUCCCGGAGUUCAUCGUGCAGACGGGCUCCUACAUGUUCGUGGACGAGAACACGUUCUCCAGCGACGCCCUGAAGGUGACGUUCCUCAUUACCCGCCUCACGGGGCCGGCCCUGCAGUGGGUGAUCCCCUACAUCAAGAAGGAGAGCCCCCUCCUCAACGAUUACCGGGGCUUCCUGGCCGAGAUGAAGCGGGUCUUUGGAUGGGAGGAGGACGAGGACUUCUAGGCGGGGAGACCCUCGGGCCUGGGCGGGUGCUCUGGGGAGGGUCCCCUGCGCCAGUCGCCGCCGCCGCCAGGGUCGCCACAGGCGCCUUCCCGCCGCGCCUCCCUCCCCUCUUGAGUC